GGUCGUCGGUCGCUGAGAUUUCCGCUUGCUGUCAGUCAAUGGGAUGAAAUAUGAUGUAGGACCGCUGUAAAAAGUCACUGGACAUGGCCAAAAUACCACUUUCAAGUCGGAGUAGGGGUGUAACACCCUAUCGCUAUCUAUUCGGACCUGAUUCAGACGAGGAUGAAGAAAGUGACGAUCUCAAUCAUGUCACCAACAGGCCAUCGAGGAAAAUCGAAACAGCAAGCAGACGAAGAUCUGACAACUUGGAUGGAAGAAUACAAACAGCGAAUAGAGAUCACUUUUACAAACCCAAUGAAGUCAAAGAAGAUGUUAUUGACUACCUCACUAAGGACAAAAAACCAAAACCUAUCAUCAUUUCACACGACUCCCGUGAUAUGGGCGUGGUUAGGGCUGGGGUUCCGGAGACACCGUCAAGUUCAACGCCUUUACACAAUAAUCAUAAAUUUCCAACAAAACAAAAGAACACAUUCCAUUAUGAGUUUGGCCUGUAUGAGUUAUUGAUCGGACUUGGGUCAAUCAUAUUAUAUUUUGGAGAUUUUGGAACUGACAUUUGGCUUGUCGUGAAAUAUUUCAUAAAAGGGGAAAUAUUCUACGGUUCAGUUUCACUUGUACUCACAGCGGGGCCGUCAGUUGUGACAUGUGGCCUCGGUCUCACCUGGUAUGUUUUGGACUAUAAAAGAGAAAAAGAAGCAUUGACUGAAGCAAGACGGGACAAAGACCCAAGUAAACUUGAAAAAGUGAAUGAGAAGAUAACACCAGGCUAUCAGUGGGCACUUAGGUUCAUCAUGACAGCUCUACAAUUUGGACCAGUGAUCAGGAUUUCAGAGUACAUAUACAAUGGUUGGAUGUUCAUGAAGUCAGAGGGCAAGUUAAAGAAGCACUACUAUUGGUUGAUGUUGUAUGAAGAUGUGGAUGCAUGUCUUCUUCGACUAUUUGAGAGUUUCCUGGAAUCGGCUCCACAGCUCACCUGGCAGCUGUAUGUGUGGAUCAUGCUGAAGCCGGAGGAGGAUGUGGUGGGAUUGUCACUCAGGUUGGGCUCUCUGAUGUCGUCCUGGCUGUCACUGGCUGUGUCGCUGUUGUCGUAUCACCGCUCACUCAGGUUCUCCAGGGAGGAGAAGGCUGUCAUGGAGAUCCGAUCCAUCCCCUUCUACUUCAUAUGGCGGGCCAGCGAGGUCGGGACACGUGUUCUUUGUUUGUGCCUCUUCGCGUCUUCCUUCCAAGCGUUUGUGUUCAUCCCUGUGGGAAUGCACUGGGUCAUCAUAUCAGUCUGGCUCAUGUGCCAAAAAACAAGGUUUUACAAAGAUAAUCUCUGUUUUGAAAAGUUCUUUGACAUUAUCUGUGGUUAUGUAAUGAUAUUUUGUUUUUUGAACCUGAAGGAAGGUCAUUCAAGGUUUAGGUAUUUGUUGUAUUACGCUCUGUUCUAUUCCGAAAAUAUUGCAAUGUUGACAGUUUGGUUUUUGUAUUCCUCGCAUGUCGGAGAAUGGUUUCAUGUUGGAGGCUUCAUCGCCAUUUUGACCAUGGCAGGAUUGCAUGUGGUUUUCCAGCUGCUCUACUACAUGUGUUGCCAUCCAACUGACAACAUCAAGUUUUGCUUGCCGUGUGAACAGUACACAUGCUACGAGCUUGUUUGUCAUGACUCAGAAGAAACAGCUGAUCGUGUCAAUGUAGAAAUGAUUGUGAAACGUCCCAGUCAAGCACAACAGGAGAAAGAACAGACACAGAUAUGAACAAGGAUAUAGAGAAUCUCUUCUGCUUACCACCGUGUUAGUCAAAAUUUGUUUUCACUUAUACAUCCACCAAUGUUCAUGUUUAGGAUUUCAAGUAUUUGCCAUUUUUGGUAAAUAUGUAUUUUAUUUUUACUUUUAGAGUUGCAGAAAGUAUAGCUUGUUAUUUCAAUGUUGAAAUCCACAACUCACAUCCAAUUGUCUCUGAUUCUUCAUGUUCUUAGCUACUGACAUACAUGCUGUGUAUCAGUGUUGGAAAAAUUAAGAUUGAGAGGGAUCGUUGUCUCAAUCCUAAUGUUAAAAAGCAAAUACUAUAACAUCAAACAUCAAGGAUCCCACGAUGCCUGUUAAUUUAAAGGCGACAGUUGAUAUAAUCUGUUAGUAAUCCUCAAGGUAGGAUUACGACAAAAUCUGUUUUUGCUGAUUUGGGAUUCUAUAUUCUGAUUUUGA